AUGGCAAACUCCACACACUUUACUACUAUUAUACUAACUGGUUACUUUGAGGUAGGGCAGACUAAAUACAUUUAUUUUGCUCUUUUGGUAAUAUUGUACCUGAUUAUUAUAUUAGCAAAUUUACUACUCAUUGUUGUGAUUUGGUUAGAGCGAUCCCUGCAUGAACCCAUGUAUAUUUUUCUUUGUUGUUUGUCUUUUAAUGAAUUAUAUGGAAGUGCUGCAUUUUUCCCCUUUAUUUUAACCAAUUUAUUGUCAACAUCCAAUGAAGUAACAAUUGCUUCUUGUUAUGUACAAAUAUAUUGUCUGUAUACAUAUGGAGCUAUGGAAUUUGGAAGUUUAGCAAUUAUGUCUUAUGACAGGUAUAUCGCUAUUUGUUAUCCUUUAUUAUAUAGCAGUAUCAUGACUUGUAACAGAGUUUGCAUAUUAAUUGUACUGGUUUGUGUUCUAUCUUUUUUAAAGUUCACCAUUAACAUUUUUUUAAGUAUACGCUUAGAGUUAUGUGGAAAUGUAAUGGAGAAAGUGUGGUGUGACAACUAUCUUCUUGUGAAACUUGCUUGCUCUGACACCAGCAUGAAUAACAUUUAUGGUAUAUUUGGUUCCAUCACCACUAUUGUUCUCCCCUUAAUGCUUAUUUUAUAUUCAUACAUAAUGAUUAUGAGAGUUUGCUUGAACUCUCCUAUAGAGACUUUUCAAAAGGCCAUGACCACCUGUGCACCACAACUUGUUUCACUUGUAAAUUUCUCUGUUGGUUGUUUAUUUGAGAUUUUCUCAAGCAGAUUUGAUAAAAUACACAUGCCUCCUGUUUUGCGUGUUAUAAUCUCAGUGUAUUUUGUGAUCUGUCCACCACUCCUAAAUCCUAUUAUGUAUGGUAUAAGGUUGUCUAAGAUAAAAAUUGCUUUCAAAAAACAUAUUUAUUUGAAGUAG